AUGUAUACUGACGGAGCAUCCAAUUUCCGAGGGGCUGGUAUUGGCGUUGUAUUAGAAGCUCCCUCGGGCCUCAAAAUCGAAGAAGCCAUUCGUUUAGAGCAAUCCACGACGAAUAAUGAAGAAGAAUAUGAGGCACUAAUCUAUGGUUUAGAACUCGCACGAGAAAUGGGAAUCCAGCGUCUGAAUGUCAGAGGCGACUCGCAGCUUAUGAUAGAGCAAGUCGCUGGAAAUUUUGAUACCAAAGCACCCCAUCUAGCUAGCCUUCUACAGAAGGUAACUGACUUGCGAUCGCAUUUUCGCCAGUUCGAACUCAUACAAGUACCUAGGGAGCAAAAUCAGAAGGCCGAUGCCCUUGCCAAGUUAGCUUCUGCAGGAGGCUGCACACGCCAGUCCUCCAUAUCAAUAAGUCGAUCAAGCAAAGACAUGGAAGUCUAUUCAACCUCAUCAGAACCUGAAUGCUGGAUAGAUCCAAUAAUACGAUACUUGACCACCUCCGACCUCCCAUCUAAUCCAAAAGAUGCAAAACUUCUGCGCCUUCGGGCACAACGCUAUUCCAUGAUCCAUGGGACACUGUACCGAAAGUCCUUCAACGGCCCAUACCUACGAUGUUUGCGCCCAUCAGAAGCUAAAAAAUUAUUAGAAGAAAUACAUAAAGGGACAUGUGGAAAUGACACAGGGGGACGGAGUCUGGCACACAAGGCACUCACAGCAGGGUAUUACUGGCCAUACAUGAUGACAGAGGCGCGUGAUUAUGCCAAAAAAUGCGACAAAUGCCAACGAUUUGCACCCACCAUCCAUCAACCUGCUCAAACCUUACACUCCGUCAUUACACCUUGGCCUUUUGCAAAAUGGGGUAUGGAUGUAGUAGGUGAACUACCUAAGGCUGCUGGAGGAAGACAGUUUGCUCUUGUAGCCACUGAUUACUUCACAAAAUGGGUUGUGGCAGAGGCGUACGUCACAGUCAGCAAAACAGACACUGUGUCCUUCAUCUGGAAACAUAUCAUAUGUCAAUUUGGGAUACCGUGGGAGAUAGUCGUGGACAAUGGAACUCCGUUCCAAAAUGCGAAGGUGCAAGAACUAUGCGACACAUACAAGAUCAAACUAAGCUUCGCCUCUGUCACUUACCCACAGGGCAACGAUCAAGCAGAGGCUUCCAACAAAGUUAUCUUUGCCAACAUUAAGAAGAACUUAGAAGAUAAAAAAGGAGCAUGGGUAGACGAAUUACCGAAAGUAUUAUGGGCAUAUAGGACAACAAAAAGAUCCUCCACGGGGGAAUCUCCCUAUGCCAUGGUAUAUGGAACAGAGGCUGUCAUCCCAACAGAAAUCGGUCUACCUACACUUCGGACAGAGAUCGCAUCUGAUCCAACAACAAACAAUAUUCAACUACUGCACAACCUGGACCUUCUAGAAGAAGCACGUACAAUGGCACAAUUACGACUAGAGAAUUAUCAAAAGGUUGCAGAAUGCUACUACAACAAAAGAGUCCACUCACGCAUGUUUCGAGAAGGAUACGCGGGAACCCAAACGACCCACCACUACACUACACGGUAUGGGUGCAUUGGAAAGAUACAUGCCUCGCAAUUUUCACCUCUUUGCAUCUGCCUCGACGCCCUACUCUACGCCUUGUCCCCCGCGUUCGGUCUGGAUCACAUUAACCCCUCUGACCUCAUGGGAAAGUUUCCGUCUCCAGAGGCCAAACCCGUUCCGAUCAAGACCACUACAACGACUCCCUACGAGUAA